AUGUCUAGCUCAAGAAAUAGGUCACUUACAUCACAGAAUAAGAUCUACACAGAAGAGAAGCAAUCUAAAAGUUGGGAAUGUGGAAAGAGAUUCCAAAAGACUAGUCAACUUACUUCCCAUAACUGGAUCCACACAGUGGAGAAGCCAUAUAAAUGCAGAGUGUGUGGCAGAUGCUUCAGGAAAUGCAGAUAUCUUACAUCUCAUAAAAGGAUCCAAUCAGGGAUGAAGCACUAUCAAUGCAGGGAUUGUGGGAAGACUUUUAUUUAUCAUAGUCAACUUGCUUCCCAUAAAAUAAUCCACACAAAGGAGAAGCCAUAUGAAUGCAGAGAAUGUGGCAUAAGCUUCAAGAAAAGCAGUUAUGUUACUUCCCAUAAAAGAAUCCACACAGGGGAAACACCCUAUCAAUGUAUGGAGUGUGGAAAGAGUUUUAGGUCAAGUCAUCAACGUACUUCACAUUACUGGAUCCAUACCAGUCAGAAGCCAUAUAAAUGCAUGGAAUGUGGAAAGACUCAACUAACAUUGCAUAAGAUGAACCACACAGGGGAGAAACCCUAUAAAUGCAUGAAAUGUGGAAAAGGCUUCAAAUCAAAUGGUGAUCUUACUUUCCAUAAAAAGAUCUACUCAGGGGAGACACCAUAUAAAUGCACAGAUUGUGGAAAGGGUUUCUGUAAGACACAUACACAGGAGAAAUCAUAUAAGUGUAUGGAAUGUGGAAGAUGCUUUAUGUCAAAUGGUGGUCUUCAGACCCAUAAAAGGAUCCACACAAGGGAGAAACCAUAUAGGUGCAUUGAGUGUGGAAGGGUCUUUACAUCACAUAGUCAUUUUAAGAUCCAUAAAAUGAUUCACACAGAGGAGACACCAUAUAAAUGCAUGGAUUGUGGAAGGGGCUUCAUGUCACAAAAGUCUCUUAGGAUCCAUGAAAGAAUCCACCUAGGGGUGAAACCAUAUAAAUGUAUGGAGUGUGAAAAGGCCUUUGCUCGGAGAAGUACUCUUACUUUCCAUAAGAGAAUUCAUUCAGGGGAGAAACCUUAUAAAUAA